AGAAGCCAAAAACCUGCCCUCGGUGGGGAGGGCCCCUGAGCACUGUCCCCGCAUCAGACUCACCCACUCGGUCUCUGCAUCAAGAGCCCACUUCCCCGCUCUGUGUCAGCCAGGACACAGCUGCUCCUUUCAGAGCCGGAGAUGGUCAAGGAGAACACGGUGGACAUCCUGGGCCCCCCCCAGAGCUCGGCUCCCGUGACCACCACCGUGAUCGACAUCCGUGGUGAGACAGCCGUGCCCGACCACAUUGUCUGGUCCCUGUUCAACACCAUCUUCUUGAACUGGUGCUGCCUGGGCUUCAUGGCCUUUGCCUACUCUGUGAAGUCCAGGGACCGGAAGAUGGUGGGUGAUGUGAUUGGGGCCCAGACUUAUGCCUCCACCGCCAAGUGCCUGAACGUCUGUGCCCUGGUCCUGGGCCUCCUGCUGACCACUGUAUCUGUUGUUCUUCUGGUGAUUGCCUAUACUACAGCCUACAGUAUGAUUUUAAAGGUUAUGAAGGAGAGUGGUGGCUACCAUUAAGAGCUCAUGGCCAAGGACCCCAUCAUCCACCACGUGCUGCUGGCCCUGCUCCGGGGCCUCUGGCCCUGCCCCUUAGCACCCAGCCCUUUGCA